CACUGUCCCUGGCAUGGCUGAGUGCGAAGUGUGCGGCGAGCUGAUAGACCGGAGCGGCGAGUGCCGGCGUUUCUCCGCCCGUACUCGCUGCACUAUACCAGGGAUUCUCGGCGGCGUCCGCAGCCUCCAGGAUCAGCUGGGUGUCGCCCUGAACGAAAUGGUCCUGCAGGAGAAACAGAAGCAGCAGCUGGACGCCGAGAGGACGGCCUCCUGCUCUGAUUGUAUUUUAGCAAAGUGCUUUCCAAAUGCAUUUUCUUGGAUUGUGUAGUUUGACGAUCAGAUGGAGAACUUGAGCUACUCUCCUAAAGACUGUUGGCAUCUUGGCAGAGCUUGUACUUUCUCCUCGUUGACUCAAUCGAAAUUGUAAUCUCUUUGCAAAAGCAAGUCACUUUGAAUAUUGGAAAUCUAAAAUAAAAAGAGAAACUGCUGGAAACACUCCAGUUUGAACAGAUGUUGCCUGACGUGCUGACUACUUCCAGCAGUUUCAGGUUAUUAGCUGACUUUGUUGGAUGUUAUAAUAAAUACUGUUAAAGCCUUUUGAU